AUGCGUCACUGUGCGUUUUACCGGCAGCGGGAGGUGCACCCAGUGUUCAAAAGAAAGACAAAGAAAAAAUCUCUCGUCUUGAAAACAGUUGACAUCAAGGAUUCGUUUAUCACGAUGUUCGCCGGUACCACAGAGGACGGCCAUCGCCAUACGGUAAACGCAAAGGGUAGUAUGCGUUUCAUGAACCGGUCGAAAAUCGACAAAACAACGGCAAGAGCAGUAUUGAUCAGUCCCAAGACCGAAAAUACCAACGAAAACGGCGGCGCUCAUACAUUUUCCAUAAUAAAUGUCAACGACAUCAUACGAGACACGCACGCAUUUCUCAGGUUCUAA